GCAUCACCGCUCCCACCGCUACUGCUGCCGUCAUGGCCACCGGUGACAUCAAAAAUAACCUGCUAAAGCUGCAGACAGAUCUGAGACACUGCCAGUAUCCCGGACACCACGACUCCAAUGGCAUGGUCAAAGGCGAUCCGGCAUCGUAUCUCCCCAUCAUCCAUUUCAUCCUGCUGGAUGCCUCGCCGCUGUUGGCGCGCCAUCUGGCCACAAAGGGAUACGAUCUCUACGGCAAGAAAGACAUGCGGUUCCUCGAGUCGGUCUACCGGAUCCUCCGAGACGAGUUCAACUACAAGCCUGCGCUCCGGAAGGAUCAGUUCUUUUCGAUGGGCUUUGCAGAGCACAAAAUGAUUUUUGUGAUGGAUCUGAUACGGCUGUGCAAGCAUCGCAUCGGUGAGCUCGAGAGGCUAGACCCGAAGAAAGAGCGCCAGAGCGUCGAGUCUCUCAUGAGCGUGGGCUCGGAUCUGACCUCGCUGGCGAACCGAGUCAAGCGACUGCAGAGUAUGCAGAGCAUGCAGAAUCAACACGGUCUGUCGAAAGGCGGCAUCGCCAUGGCCCAUCCUCCGAUCUCUGCAACUUCGAAUCAGGAUGCCUUGAAUGGCGGCGAGUUUCACGGCUCCGUCCACAGCGACCGAGUGGCUGCUGAGACAGAGCGGUUUGCCUUGGCACCAACAAUCCUCCGUCGAGAUCCAAGCGCAAGCCCUCCCCAGCAACCUCGUGGCGACAGCGAUAUCCAAAGAAACCCAUCGACGUCUGAGCUCUCGCCCCUCUUUGCCCAUAAUCGACCACGGAAUCGAGUCAAGCCUCCGAGUCCAGAGCCGCAGGUCGCCCGGGCGUUUCCUCGGGUCUCCCGAGAGCUCCUGGAGCGAUACACUCGCAACAUGGCGGUGUCGACCGAGGACGUGGACGAGACCUUCCACGAGCCCGCAACAGCGCCAUCGCCGAUGCCCCCGCCAGAACCACUUCCCCAGCGAGCUGCCUCCUCAGGUCCGCCAUUUGCGUAUGCAACCAAGAGUAGCAGCCAGUUCAACGGAACACACACCCACCGCCCGCUGCGGAGUCCGAGUCCAGCACCAUCCUCUCCGCUGCUUGAGGAAGACCCUACAAGCGCCAAGGUCUAUCGAUACGGUCAGUCGUUUGAGUAUGACCAUAGACAACCCAGUGGUCCUUUCGAGUCACAGCAGCACCAGCCAUACGGCUCGAUGGACGUCCAGAUCCUAAUGGACCAAGUCGCGUCGCUGCUUCAGUCCAAUUCCGAAGUCAAAUCGGAAAUUCGGUAUUUGCAUGACCGUCUCGAUGCCAUGGAAAAAAUGGUCUCCAAGAUCGCACAGAAUGUCGAGAGCGCCCUUGGCACCGAUUCCCGGGUGCCCCAAAUGGUCUCUCGCCCGAUGACGACACAGACAGGGGCGCCGUCCCUUCCUGAUGGGCAGACUAGCGGGCAUGUCAAGACAACACUAAGCCCAAACAGACACCCGCGAACCACGGCGGGUGUGAGCUCGGUGGAGACGCAAGAGAAUCUGGAGGAAAAGCCUGUUCGCGGCAGCCCAUCGCUGGUCGAUCUUUCCUUGGUCAACUGCGACAUCAGCCCACCGACAGAAAGGCAACCGCACGAUUUCGGUCAUGCUGCCGCAGUCGCCACCGACCGUCGUGCAUCUGCCCCUGUGGUCGUUGCUUCGGUUGGCGAUCGGAUAGUGCCGCAGAUGUCCGCGGCACCGACAUUCCACCUAUCGCAAGGGCCAAGCUAUCAUCCACAGAGCAAUGGAUGGUCGGCGCAGGUGCGCUUUGAAUCGCCCGAUGGCUCUGCAAAGGCGAAAGAAUCGGAGGAAUACGUCCGCCGCAUCCAGGAGCGAUUCAAACAAACGUCGCUGCUGCUGAAGGAGCGGGUUAAGACCUAGUAAUCCCCUCCCCGCACACACCUACACCUUGUUGUUACAGCGAUUCCAAAAUGAAAUGGGACACCCCGUUGAGCCAUGACAGUAAUUUUUUUCUGUGACCUGAAUACACCCACCCGCUCAUUGCAAUCAUGGCC